GCAUACGGGUAGGAACUGGUAUCUGUGUCUGUUUCACUCACCUGCAAGCCUGCCUUUAGGCCUAAACGGACUUGAAAACGAAUUAAAAUAUACUGAACUAACACCGAAUGCAACUGAUUGUUUUCAGUGGACUGGCAACAAUCGUUUUUUUUUAACCGGGGUUUGAUUGGGACACGAAUAAUUAACAUUAACUGGGAGCGCGUGCAAAUGAUUAUUUAAAAGCCAUUUGACGCACCAGUUGGGGUAUUUUGGAUGGGGGUGGAUUAGUGAGAGACGGAGCAUCGCUCUAGAAACGCAACAGCAAGAACGAGGCUUAGAGGGAAAAAACACACUAAAAAUUCAAAGAAUUUCCCAGAGAAGGGAAGAAACCUCCUGGAUUUGUUUUGACGAAUAUAAAACAGAGACAGCGUAUUGCGGGCUGUCCUCUCAUAUUAAACAAUGGUGUCCACAGUUCUUGCUGUGACACUGUCUGUCACACUGCUGUACCUGGCUUCAGGUGCAUCUUUAGGGACGUCAGAUACUGAGGCUCCACCCAUCAUGACCUCUAGUCCCCACCCCUUGGGAGAACUCAUCCACGCUGCACUUCUAAGUAAGGAGUACCUUGGACACACCCCUGGAAGCAGAGUUACUACCACCAACCCGACCCAGGCUGUCCCGUAUGUCAGAGAAUCAGAACCCGCCUCGACAGUGAUGUCACCAGGCAUCCUCACUACCGCAGUGACCUCAUCGGCUGCACCUCAAGCUGGCCAAUCAGGUUUUGGGAUUGGUGUGACAUCACCGCCAGCUGAGGAGGAGACCACAACCACUCUAAUUACUACAACAACAAUUACAACAGUGCAUACACCAGUGCAAUGUAAUGCCAGCCUGUCAGGAAUGGAGGGAAUAGUUGAGUCCCCUGAUCCUCUCUCCUUCUCAUCUGCCUUUUCCCCACUGGAGUGCACCUACAGUAUCACUGUUUAUCCUGGAUAUGGUGUUGAGAUACAGGUGAAGAAGGUAAACUUGUCCAAGGAGGAGUCACUUACCAUUCUGGAGCUGGGUGGGGCAGUGCCAGAGCUUUUGGCCAAUGAGACGCUGAUGAGUGAAGGUCAGGUGAUUCGUAGCUCAACCAAUCAAGUGCAUAUUCAUUAUAAGAGCCUGAAGCAAGCGAAUCAUGGGGUAUUCAGCUUUCACUAUCAAGCAUUCCUUCUGUCCUGCUCAUUCCCCCUCUCCCCUGAGGGUGGUGGAGUGACUGUAACUGAUAUUCACCCUGGUGGUCAGGCUCACUUCCAUUGUGAUCCAGGGUUUGAAGUCAGAGGUCAUGAGGAUGCAAUCUGUCUGAACUCCAGCCGACCCAGAUGGAGCACCCCAGAACCCCAGUGUAUGGCUGUAUCUUGUGGAGGAUGGAUCAGAAAUGCCACUGUGGGCCGCAUCCUCUCUCCAACUCUCCCCUCUGCAAGUAACCAUAGCACCGGCAGUAACCUGAGCUGCCAUUGGCUGCUGGAGGCCAAGGAAGGUCACAGGCUCCACCUCCACUUUGAGAGGGUGGCUCUUGAUGAAGACAAUGAUAAGUUGAUUGUGCGCAGUGGGAAUAGCUCUACAGCUCCUCUUCUCUUCGACUCAGAUCUGGAUGAUGUUCCAGAGCGAGGCUUUGUGAGUGAGGGAAUGUAUCUCUAUGUGGAGCUCACCGCGGACUCCUCCAGCAUCCCUCUGCUGCUGGCGCUCCGCUAUGAGGCCUUUGAUGGAGAACACUGUUAUGAACCUUACCUGCCUCAUGGGAAUUUCAGCAGCAGUGACAUCACCUUCCCACUGGGUACCAUAGUAACCUUCUCAUGCUCUCCUGGAUUCGUCAUGGAGCAGGGGUCCGGAGUUAUGGAGUGUGUGGACCCCAGUGAACCUCACUGGAAUGAGAGUGAGCCUGUCUGCAGAGCUUUGUGUGGCGGGGAGCUGACAGAUCCAGUGGGAACAGUGUUGUCUCCUGACUGGCCACAGAGCUACUCUAAGGGGCAGGACUGUGUGUGGCAAAUACAUGUCAGUGAGGACAAGCGCAUUGAACUGGAUGUACAAAUUUUGAACAUCCGCCAUAAUGAUGUUCUAACCAUAUUUGAUGGCCAUGAUCUGAUGUCACAUGUGAUUGGGCAGUACCUGGGCUCAAGAGAGAGGUUCAGGGUCGUAUCUGGGGGAUCUGAGGUCACCAUUCAGUUUCAGAGCGAUCCUGAUGACUCUUCAUUUAUCCUUAGCCAAGGAUUCCUUAUACACUACCGAGAGGUGGAACCUAAUGACACAUGCCCUGCCCUCCCUCCUAUCGAGUUUGGCUGGAGCAGCUCCUCCCACCCAUCUCUGGUCAGAGGCAGUGUUCUGACCUAUCAGUGUCAACCUGGUUAUGACAUUGUUGGCUCUGACAUCAUCACCUGUCAGUGGGAUCUCUCUUGGAGCAACACCCCUCCCACCUGUGUAAAAAUCCAGCAGUGCCCUGACCCAGGAGAGGUGGUCAAUGGAGCACGCUCUGUACAUCCCGAGUCUGGUUUCACUGUAGGAACGGUGGUACGCUUCACCUGUAACCAAGGAUAUCAGCUGGAAGGCCCAAGCCAGAUUUCCUGCCAUGGCAGAGACACUGGCAUGCCCAAAUGGACUGACCGCAGCCCUAAAUGUGUCUUAAGAUAUGAUCCAUGCCCAAACCCGGGCGUGCCAGACAAUGGCUACCAGACUCUGUAUAAGCACAGUUACCAGGCAGGUGAGACUCUGCGUUUCUUCUGCUACGAGGGCUAUGAGCUCAUUGGGGAAGUCAUCAUCAACUGUGUCCCAGGACAUCCCUCUCAGUGGAACAGCCCACCACCAUUCUGUAAAGUGGUCUAUGAAGGGCUACUUGAUGAUCAUAAAUUGGAGGUGUCGCAGUCCUUAGAGGCCUCUCAUCAAAUGCUGAGUGAGAAUAUUGCAUUGGCUAUCAUUCUGCCAAUCAUUCUGGUCAUCCUUCUAAUAGGUGGGAUCUACAUGUACUACAGCAAGAGUACACACGCAUGCAGAUGGCCACAAAGCGUAUGUAGGUGGCAGUGGAAACCGUUGUUUUGGAAGUCUCUAUCUCACACCCACUCUUACAGUCCCAUUACAGUGGAGUCUGACUUUAACAACCCUCUUUAUGAGGCAGGGGACACUCGAGAGUAUGAGGUGUCCAUCUGAGGCAGGAGUCUUCUAAUGUAUUCAAGUGUGGAUGAAUGGAAAGGCGAAGAAAAAAAGGGAUACUGUUAUUUUUCUCUACGCAAGACAUUCAUUGGUUUUAUUAUAUUAAUUCCAACACUAGCAUCCCACUCUACAUAGUGUCUCUCUCUCUCCUCCCUCUAUUGGUUCACUGAUGUAUGCUGUGUGUUUGCUUGUUGUUGCUUGUUUAUGUGUGUCUGUGUAGUAUGUUUGUGUGUUGAUGUAUGAGUGUGUAUUAUUGACUGUAUAUGUGCAUCAAAAAGUGACAACGGAAUUGUUUUAAGUACAUGCAUCUGCAUAUGCUUGCUUGGAUGUGUGUGUGUCUAUGAAUGUAUAACAAAAGUAUUAUUUUCACAGUCUGGCAUGUUUUCUAACAAGGCAUGUUCGGUGCCUUAAAGGGAUAGUUCACCCAAAAAUAAAAAUGCUCUCAUCAUUUACUCACCCUCCU